AGCAUCAUCAUCAUCACCAACAGUAUAAUUGAGUCCAAGCGACCAGCAAAAAUAAUACCUACAACAAUUGUACUAUGACAUACUCGCACAAUAGCGUUAGUAAGAAUCUGAAAAUGACAACAGCAGCAGCAGCAACCGCAGCGGCGACGAUACAACAACAACAACGUUCGAAAAAAGUGCCGCAUGGUGGAGGAGGCAGUAACAUUUCACCACCAUCAACACCACCCCUAAGUGCACAUUCCAACAGUAUUGCUAGCAGUACAAAUUACUACAACCAUCCCCAUUACCAACAACAGCAGCACCAGCUGAGCUGUUCGCCUCCAGGGUGCCCCAUGUCAUCGGCCAUUUCGACCAGCUCCAAUUGUAGCAGCAGUUCCGGUGUAUCCUCGUUGGGAUCCUCCUCGGGUAAUGGCAGUGGCAGUUACUUUGCUUCCGCACGCAAACAGCAACAGCGUAAUUGGCAGCAGCAACAACAACAGAGGCGGUCACCUCAAAACAACACAAGUAAUGCCAGCAGCAGCAACAACGAUGGUAAUAGCUUUUACAACAACCACAACAGCAGCAAGCGCUACAGCGGCGGCAGUGGCCAAAAGCACCGUGACGGUCAACGAUCGCCUCAGGGAGGCCAUGCAACACGCCAAUCGCCCGCCUCGAUUUUGGGUGGCGGCGUUAGUCCUUCAUCGCCCAUUGCCAUAGGCAGCAAUCCCAACUCGGCCCGCAAGUCGCGUUCGAAGCACUCGAGUCCAUUGUUGUGUGUCGGUGGCAAGAUCUCACCCACUCAUCCACUCAUACCCACCGCCUUGACGCACUUCGCUGGCAGCAAGUGCUUCGAUGCUCCGGCCCCCACGGCAUUGCCUAAACCCCCCGAGCACUGGACACUGAGCAAAAGCGAGGAGAAGGUCGACAGCAGUGCUGGUCCCGGCCUACAAAGUGUGUUGAGCGCGGCGGUUCGCUCGCACAAUCACCACCAUCACAACAGCGGCCACCAUCAUCUACAUCACUCCAGUGCAACCCAUGCCGUCGAUGCGCACACCUAUGGCGGCCACGUUGUCAAGUCGUCGAAACGCAACCUCCUCGACGACUUUGAUACGCACAAUUUGAAAUUGUUGCUCAACGUGCAAUCAUAACCGCCCACCUGCGGCCCCGAUCAUCAUCA